AUGGCUGACUCAAGCUUCUUCACUGACAGCCAGGCUCUCGUUCAAGACGCGCUACAGGGCCUCUGUAAAACCUCCUCUGAGCUUGUCCUUGACCUCAACAGCAAGAUGAUCACCCGCUCGACUCAUGACCCUUCCAAGAACGUCACACUUAUCAGCGGAGGCGGCGCAGGUCAUGAGCCUGCGCAUGCAGCUUUUGUUGGCCAGGGCAUGCUGAGCGCUGCUGUAUCGGGUUAUGUUUUUGCCUCUCCCUCAGUGUCGCAGAUCAUUGAAGCGAUACACUCGGUUGGCGGCUCGGCAGGCACGAUUCUCAUUAUCAAGAACUAUACUGGCGACAUCUUCCACUUUAAUCUCGCAGCGGAGAAGGCUCGUGUUCGAUGGGGUCAUCGUGUUGAAGUGCUUGUCGUCGGCGAUGAUGUAGCUGUAGGCCGUCAGCGCAGUGGAAAGGUUGGCAGACGAGGACUCGCUGGGACGGUUCUCGUUCACAAGAUUCUUGGAGCCUUGUCUGUGAAGGGCAAGUCCAUCGACGAGUUGCUUGCUGUGGGCAAACAAGUUAUUGAGAAUCUUGUGACAUGCGGUGUUUCGCAAGGGCAUGUGAAAAUCCCAGGUACUGCUCCUCAAAAGGGUCCUGUUCAGCUGGAGCUCGGCAUGGGCAUCCACAAUGAGCCUGGCCUCUACAUUCUGAAUCCCCGUCCCACACUUGAUGGACUGCUUGAUCGAAUGCUAGAGUUAUUGACACGGAGAGAUGAUGAGGACCGAGCUCACGUCAAUUUUGAGGGGGAGAUGCCAGUACUGCUGUUAAACAAUCUCGGCGGAACAUCGCAGCUAGAGUUUAGCGCCAUCCUUCAUCAUCUACUGGAGAGGUUGGCCAAGAAGAGCCUGCAGCCUAUUCGAAUUCUUGCCGGCGCGUUCAUGACAAGUCUUGAUGCUCUGGGAUUCAGUAUCACGCUUUUGAAAGCAACACCUGAGAUGCUUGAUGCUAUCGACGAUGUGACAACCGCUGUUGGCUGGCCACGCAGUAUCGCUAACCCGGCUGCAAUUAAUGGCAAGCAAGUUGUUGAUUCGAAACAGGACAUGCUGCCCACGCCCUUAACUGACAGCGCUGGACCAAAAAUUGACCCUGAAAGUUUCAUCACAGCGAUAAGAGCAGCAUGCCAAUCUCUCCUCGCUGCUGAGCCCAGUAUCACACGGGCCGACAGAAUAGUAGGAGAUGGUGACUGCGGGACAACCCUCUCUCGCGGAGCAAAUGAAGUUCUCAAAGUCCUCUCAGAAUCUCCAUUUACACCUUCCACCAGUGCAAGCGCAGCAGUUUUACGCAUUGCGCUGGCGCUGGAGAGUAGCCUAGACGGCACAUCGGGUGCCUUGUACCAGCUCUUCGUUACCGCAUUGGCGGCAGAUCUUCAAACUGCACCGGAGGAGACUACUACACUCGAGACUUGGGCUAAGGCAGCUGGCGUCGCACUUACGAGGCUGCAGGCCAUGACGCCUGCGCGCGUGGGCGACAGGACACUCAUGGAUGCGUUGAUUCCUUAUAUCAAGGCGUUGGCAAAGGGUGAUGUUGAGCAAGCUGUUGAGGCGGCGAGGAAGGGUUGUGAGAGCACAAGGGGAAUGGAGGCGAGCUUGGGCAGAGCUGUGUAUGUUGUUAGUGAGAACUGGGAUAAGGUUACCGAUCCUGGUGCGGAGGGAAUCGUAGCUAUUGUGAAGGGACUCUCAGGGGGGCCAAAAAAGGAGUUGAAUUACCCAACAGGUUAG